UGAUUUUUCUCUGAUCAACAGAAAUGAAAGUUAUUUUGAAUCCUUUGUUACAAUUUUUUUAUCUUAUCAAAUAUUUAUCUCAAUAAAUUUAAAACUCCCCUAUGCUCAAUGAAUGUGUUAAUUAAAUUAAUGUGGGACCAAUUAUCAACUCUGCAAUAGUGAUCAGUAUUACAUCUGUAUUGUUGCGUUUUACUUAUUUGUUUAUUUCCUGAUAUAGUUCACCAGCUUGAUUGGUUUGGUCAUCACAAUCAUCGGACGAAAUGGUUAAACAUCUUAAUGAACCCGCAAAAUUAGCAGUUUGUUGCAACCAAAAAUAAUUGGAUCAUAUUAGAGUUCAAGUUGAACACAAAGAGAUACGUGUGGCAAUCAAUCAAUACUUAAAAUUGAUCCAGGAAUAAUAAAUUUUCCAGCUGUAUAUUAAUUUUGCUUGUUGCAAAAUUGUCAUCUCAGUAAACCUUAACAGAUCCCCAAAUCGCUAUUAAUCAACCUGAUAUUAAUAAUUGAUCUCUGAUUGUGACUAUGUUCAAUAAUAAUCGUGAUAUUCAGCAAGAAAAUAUUUCCAAAUUCCGGUUCCGAUGGAUUAUUUAUCUGUUAACAGGUUUUACACUUUUCACCACAACUGCAGUUUCGUCGAGUUUAAGUUUGACCAUUGUGGCCAUGAUGAAAAAUGGUACUCACAAUUCAUCAACAUCAGCCUUAGAUUCAAUAGACGAUUUGCAUGUUGAUUGGAGCAAUGUUGAAAAAGAUCGGAUGCUUCAAGCAAUUUCAUGGGGAUCUCUUGCCCUGGCUAUUAUUGGCGGACGAAUUGCUGAAACGGUUGGACCUAGAAUUGUAAAUUUUGUCUCAUUGAUUUCAAUUGGUGUUCUUAAUUGCAUUUAUCCCACUGUGGCUUUAAAGAGUUAUGUUGGAGCUUAUGCUAUAAGAAUUGCUCAAGGUUUUUCCAUCGGAAUAACUGGUCCAGCAAAUUAUGUCAUUUUAUCUUAUUGGGCUCCUUACUUCGAGAAGACGGCUUCUAAUGCCAUUGUUAACUCGCUGUGUUUUGCCGCUAAUGCAGUUAUCAAUCCAGUUGUUGGUUUCUUGGUCACUAGUACUUUUCUUGAUGGUUGGCCAUCAGUUUUUUACAUCUUCGGUGGUGUUAAUAUUGCGUUAGCAUUUAUUUGGUUGAUUGUUGCCCGAAAUAAACCUGAAGACCACAGCUGGCUGACUCCAUAUGAAAUUAAUGAAAUCACUUUGGCACGAUCUAAAGGACAAAGUUUCUCGUCGAAAUUGCCUUGGUUUUCCAUGUUAUCUUCAAUAUCAGUGCUGGCUUACCUUUUCGUUGGUUUCACUCAUGGCUGGCUUAUAGCUUUUGUCACGACUCAAGUUCCUUCUUUCUACAAAGAUGUUUUCAACGUCUCUUUAAAACAGAAUGGAAUUAUUUCAUCGCUGCCUUGGAUAUUAAAUAUCAUCGUAAUUCUGUUUGCCGGUUUCUCUGUUGACAAAUUGAGGCAACUGGAAAGAUUUAAUUUAACAAGACUUCGUAAAGGAUACACUUUAGUAGGUAUCGGAAUCUCAUCAUUAACAUUUCUUGGUGUAGCCUUUAUUGGUGAUAAUACUACUGCUGCAGUCGCAUUAAUUACGCUAACUAAAGGAAUUGGUGGUCUAAAUAUAGCUGGGGCUGGCUCUAACCAGCUUGACUUAAGUCCAUCUUUUACUGGAACAUUAUCUGGACUUCUAGCAACCGUUUCAAGUAUAUCUCAGUUAGCUAUGAAUGAAGCAGUUGUUUGGAUCGUUGGUAACACUGAAUCACAGUCUAAUUGGUACAUCUUUUUUUAUAUCACUGCUGGUAUUAGUCUACUUGGAGCCAUCAUUUACUGUCUUUUCGGAUCGGCUGAGAUUCAAAAAUUUGACCCAUGUUCAUUACAUUUAUUGGUCCCUCGUUAUUCACAGGAUUCAAGCGAUCAAUCUUAUGAAAUUACCAACGAAUAUUUUGUAGAAAGUUUUAGCUGAUCUAAUGGCUGAUUCAUCUUGAUUAUUACAUUCACACACAUUACUCAUCAUAAAACCAUCAUUGCUCCUUUAAAUGGAUGAUAAGCAUUCUUUUGCUCAAACCAGGUUGAUUGCAAAAAAUGUUUAUUUUAUAACAGCUAUUGAUUUACAGCAAGACGAAUGAUAAAAAUACUUGAUGAUUUAAUGAUAUUAUUUUCAAUAUCUAUGACAAUUUGAUUUUAUCGAUAAACUCACAGGUAAUUAAACGAAAAAUUAAUUUAUAUGACAUAUUAGAUCUAAAUUACUGUAAACAAAAAAUCUGUUGACAGUCAAUUCAAAUUACUAUACAUCACACAUAUACAUUUGUACAUUCAGUAACUUGCCAAAUAAUGUACAUUAUCCAAUAUAAUAAUAUCAAGCAAUUUUCAGCUUCAUUUCUUUAAAAUCGUCUUUUCCAUUCAGUAAAUGAACAACAAAACGACCAAUAAAUCACAGUGGACACA